AAUAUAUUUUUCUUAGAUACUGGAAUGUGGUGGAAAUUUGUUUGAUGCUGUAAGUUUGGGUGUGAAAGCAGCACUCUGGGCUACCAAGAUGCCAAGAAUCUACAUUACUGGAGAAGAUGGUGGAGAAUUAGAGUUCUCAGUGUCUGAUAACCCAUGUGAUGUUGACAGACUUGAUGUCUCCAAUGCCCCUAUUCUCAUAACUCACUUGCGAAUUACUGAGAAUUUGACUGUUGUUGACCCAACCCCUGAAGAAGAAUGCUGUGGCCCUGUGCAGAUAGUAGUUGGUGUUACCCCAAAAGGAUUAAUUACUGCAACACAACAAUUUGGUUCAGGCACAUUUACACCUCUGACAUUAAGUGCUUCAAUUAGGAGUGCAAGAGACCUUGGAGUCAAGAUUCACCAAAAACUAAUGCAAAAGUUACAGCAAGAAGAAAGUAUUGUGGAUAGACCAAUAAAAGGGUUUCUUUAGCACUUUGUGUACUUAAACCAUUUCCUAACAAAUGAAGGCUGUAAGUUGGUUACAAAUUCUAGUUCACAUACCCUGACUUUUUACUCUGAAUAAUAUAAUGAAUACUAUAGGGAUCCAACUUACGACAAUAAUACAUUUUAAUAAUUGUUUGUAGGCAAGUUGUUCAGAAUUCGGACUUGUUCACCAUAGACACUCAUAUUAUAAUUGAAGAUGUGUUUUUGAGGCAUAGUAUUCAGCAUCUAAUUUCAUUACUUUAACCAAGAAUAUUUAACAAAGUGCCAAUAUCAUAGUUGUGAAACUGUAAAUUGAAGCAUCAUAAAUCAGGGCUCUUCUGUAUUGAAGUUAAUGAAGUGAGCUAGUAACAUUUAAAAAAAAAUUGUUUUUUUUGAUUAUAAAGGCUAUAUACUGUACACUAUUUUAACAAACAUGCAUUUGUUGACUGUAUUGACAUUACAUCAGACAAUAAAACCAUAUGCUAUAAGAAUCUGAUGACAAUAGAUCUAAAAUUGAAGUUGGAAGCUAAACGUACAAAUUCUUGAAUUAUAUAGAGUAUCUUUAUCAA